CGAGUCCUCUGAGAUUAAACAAUACAUUUAAAACCGAUAAGACAAGCGUUAUCAUUACGUGAGUCUACAAAGGUUUUUCCAAUUGUUUGGAGCAUGGCACUAUCAUAAUGUUUCGGAGGAAUGAAAUGUUUAUUCAGUUUAGUUUCAACUGCCGACUCGUCACCAUGACUAUUAAUCCGUGUCAGCUCUUGAUUUUGAUUCUGGCCUUUACGGGGUCUAUGAAUGGCAUUCAAAGUGCCAAUAUACUGGGCCUCUUUACGAGCCUAAGUCCUUCGCAUUUGAUUAUACAAAUGUCAACGGCCAAGAUCCUGGCCGAAAGGGGACACAAUGUGACUGUGGUUACGGUCCUUAAGCCGUUGGUCACACACAAGGACAUUAAUCUAAUCCAGGUGCCACUGAGUACCGAGGAUGCCCAGCGGCACAGUGAAAUAAUUGGAUCAAUGUCCAAGAACGACAAUAGCAAUAUUAUAGUAUCCUUGUUCGGGAUGUUAAAACGCACGGGCUUUAUGUUCAGGAAAAUGGUGGUCGCUUUAAAGGAUCCACGUGUCCGCGAUUUGUAUCUUAACAAUGGCAAUAAGUUUGACCUCGUCGUUGGCGGCUACUUCAUGAAUGAAUACCAACUGGGAUUCGCCAGAAAAGUGAAAGCUCCCAUUGUACUCGUUGCCCUGAUGCCGCCAAAUCAGAUGAUAGGUUCUCUGAUAGGUAAUCCGUUGGAAGGAUCGUUUUUAUCUGCCGACAAGGACGCUGGGAAAAAGGAUCAGGGCACAUCAUUCCGGCAACGACUGACCAACUACUUCUACAGUCAAUUCUUUAAGCUUUUCAAUUACCUUUCCGAAAGGCGGAAUAUAGACUUUUACAACGAACUCUUUGCCGAGGAUCCUUCUAUGCCCCCAUUCCACGACAUGGUCAAGAAUGUUUCUCUGAUUUUCUUUGCUUCCCAUGGACCGAGUGAAGGACCUAUCCGAGCUCUGGUUCCGGCGGCCAUCGAAAUUGGUGGUAUUCACAUCAAGGAUAAACCAGAUCCUCUUCCAAAGGACUUAUCAAGCUUCCUGGGCAACGCGACGGAUGGAGCCAUCCUCCUGAGUCUUGGCUCCAAUGUUAAAAGCAGCCAUGUCAAGCCCGAGACUGUCAAGAAAAUGUUUAAUGUCCUUUCAAAGCUAAAGCAAAGGGUCAUAUGGAAGUGGGAGGACCUGGAGAAGACACCAGGCAAGUCGGACAACAUUCUAUACUCCAAGUGGCUGCCACAGGACGAUGUCCUGGCUCAUCCAAACACCAAACUGUUUAUAAAUCACGCCGGCAAGGGCGGCAUUACCGAGGCGGCGUAUCACGGGAAACCCAUGUUGGCGCUACCUAUUUUCGGUGACCAGCCGGGUAAUGCCAUCUCCAUGGUCCAAAAAGGUUUCGGUCUUACCCAGAGCCUCCUCACCCUGGAGGAGCAGCCCUUCCUCGAGGCUAUUCAGGAUAUAUUGACGAAUCCCCAGUACACCGAAAAGGUAUCGUCUUACUCCUCCCUCUACCGUGAUCGGCCAAUAACUGCUCGGAAAUCUCUAAUUUACUGGACGGAGUAUGUGAUUCGCCAUCACGGAGCUGCCCACCUGCAGAGUCCGUUGGUGCACAUGAACUCUAUAGCCGCCAACAACUUGGACGUUUAUGUCCUGAUUUUUGUCAGUUUAGCUGCUGUUAUACUUCUACUAAAAAUAGUUUUUAAAUUUAUUAUCAAAACUAUUGCCUCAAAAUCAAAAAAAGGCAAAAAGCAGAAAAAACACUAGAACUAUAUGAAUUUUUAGAAAUAAGUAGAGAAUUUAAAAGUAAUCUUUUGAAUAAAAAAUAUUUCAUAACAAAGCAAACCUUAUCACCGCAGGUUAAAUAAUCAUUGAUGUUUCCUCUUUUAAAAAAAAAAUCAACUUAUCAGUUCAUUGCAUUUUGUAAAAAGCAAAACAGUUUAUUUCUACGGUGUGUGAUGUGAACAAGUAAUUUACGGAAUAUUCUUUUUAAUAUGUACAAGCUGGCACUCGUUUUUCUGUUCACAAUACAUUUAAUUACACUUUCUGCGGAGGAAUGCGAAUUGGAAAGUGACGAUAGUCUAUGGGAGGAUCCGAAUGUUGCCUGCAGCUCCUUCUGCUUCAAGGCCUUAAAGCCUAUGCUUCGAUAUGUGGCAGACAAUCAUAAGAAGUGGAACGACAAUGAGGGCGAACUUCAGGCCAAAAUAGAGGCGAUGGAUACCAAACUAUCGUCUUUUCUGAGUUCUCAAAAAAAGCAUGAAGAAAAAAUUGAUAAUUUGGAAAACCUACUCAAAAAAGCUAUAAUAAAAAGUGAAGAAAAUAUCAAAAAGGAAGAACCAUUAACAGAAGUAAAGAGUAACACGAUUAACGAAACAACUUCCCAGAGGAUCGGAUCAAAAAAUUCAUAUUUCGAGGAAAAAAUUAGACUGACUUGGCAGGAAGCAUCAAAAUCCUGCCAUUCGAAGGGUAGUACUCUGCUAACUCUCGAAACCAAGGAGGAACUGCAACAUAUAUUUCCGAAAAUAAAGUCAAUGGAGUACUGGAUCGGAUUGAAUAAAAACGAACAAAAUAUCCUUUGCGCUAGCCUAACAAAAUAUGGACGUCUUCCCAUUCGAUUGAGUUCAAUCUGCGCAGAAAAACACUUUUUUAUUUGUCAAGAUACCAUUACAUAAUAAAUCAAACCACCAAUAAAAAUAAAUGUAAUUUAA